CUUCCUCAUGACCAGCCGGCCUAUCUGCGUAACGUCAACACAGUGACUUGACAGGGAUAGCCUUUGCGGCGGGAUAAAAACAGAACAGCAACCCGGGGUGGCUGAGACACCAAUCAACUCAAAUAUCAGAUCUCUCAAAACCUCGGGCCCCCCUGCUGAGGAUCAGUGCUGUUUUUAUCAUCAUCUGUGCACGCCGAGUAAACGCAUUUCUGAGAUGAGGCUGCAACGUGAUUUCGACGGAAUCGCAUACCUCAUAUAUCUUCUGCUCGCUCUUCAAUGCAGAUGUCUCGCUCGAGCAGAGAGCUUCACCUAUCCGACAGCAAAGGAAUAUCAGUUCAUCGUGGGAGACCUGGUCAAUGUAUCCUGGGACGUGGUGACAUCGCGUGUUUCUCUCUAUGAAGUGUGCAACACCAAGAUUCCCUUGCUAUGUCGGUACACCUACAACUGCCACCGCUGGAUCUGGCUGAUGGAAUCACAGUAAACGUCACAAACCCCUACAGCCAUGUCUGGAAUGCAACCCGGGACAAAUACAGAGAGUCUGGCUGCGCGUUCGAGCUCGAUUCACUGGAUAUGUUCGGUAUUCUCAACCCACCAGUACUCACAAGUGUCAAAAUCGGCGUGAGCAAGCGUCAGAAAGAUGAUCCUCCACCAGAGUUUUAUAACUUGUACAACCCAUCUAGCAGUACGUCCAGCACUACUUCAAUGAAAUAUACCUCGAGUGCUACUUCAGCAACGUCCACCUUCACGACUUAUUCACAUGCUACAAACACCGCAGCGGGCGAGACAUCAGCAGCGUCUUAUAAUUCAGCUCCAGCUACUACCGAUACAAACAGUGGUCUUACUGUCGCACAGAAGGUUGGGAUCGGCCUCGGGGUCCCGCUAGGAGUGCUGGCAAUAUCCACCGUCGGGGCCUUAGCCUUUCUGUAUCAACGUCGAUCGCAAAGGCGGAGCGGCUUGGACGACGUCCCGAAUUCAGACCAACCCACAUCCUCUGGGCUGGUUGAAGCGGCCAAGGCUCCAUGGGAUCCUCGCAUUUCCAGGGCGGAAACAGUAAUCGCAGAACUGCCUUCGCCGUCCUUCGACAUGGAAGGAAUAUCAGAGGAGGUGAAUCACCGACCGAUAAGCGAAGUAAUGGGAACUCCUCGGAGUGAGCUUAGUACGUGAGUUGAGUUUGCGUGGGAUGUACAUAAUGUGCUAUGAUGAUGACUAUCUGAGCAGCUAUGUGGCUGCAUAUGGUCCAUGUCUAAUAAGUAAUGUUUGCCAUUUGGUCACUUAAUUGAUAUCAA